CACAGUGGAUGAUUCCUGUCUGGAUUCUCUUUCUAUCCCAGCAGGUGAUGGGACGGUGAGUGAGAAAAAGAAGGAAGAUUCUGAGCAGGUGGGAUCACAGGUGACAUUAUCAGGUAGAGCCACAGGGAAAGUUUUCCAGAGCACUGAACAGGGAGAAGCCCGUCAGAGUCAGCGCAGGCCAGAGAGGCAGCUGGGAAACCAAGCAGGGGAGAUCCAGCGUGAAUCCACUCACAGGAGCAGAGGGUUCAAAGAAACCAAACAGCCUGUACUACAGAGAAUCGCCUCUGGAGAGGAACUGAACUUAUGCAGUGGCUGUGGGAGAAGCUUCCUUUGGAAAUCAGCCCUUAUUACUCACCAGAGAAUCCACACAGGAGAGAAACCCUAUAAGUGUCUAGACUGUGAGAAAAGCUUCAGCCGCAGCUCACACCUUAUUUCACAUCAGAGAACCCAUACAGAGGAGAAACCAUAUAGAUGCUCUGAGUGUGGAAAAAGCUUCAAUCAGCAGUCCAAUCUUCUUAUACACCAGAGAAUCCACACAGGAGAACGGCCCUAUAAAUGCCCCGACUGUGGGAAAAGCUUCAGUUACAACUCAGUCCUUAUGACACAUCAGAAAAUGCACACUGGAGAGAAGCCCUAUAAGUGUCUUGACUGUGAGAAAAUAUUUAGCCAGCGCUCAGACCUCACUAAACAUCAGAGAACCCAUACGGGGGAGAGACCCUACAAAUGCAAUGAGUGUGGGAAAAGCUUUAGUCUGAGCUCCCACCUUAUUUCACAUCAAAAAACCCAUAAGGGAGAGAAACCCUAUAUAUGCUCCAACUGUGGGAAAAGCUUCAGUGACAGCUCAAACCUUAUUACGCAUCAAAGGAUCCACACAGGAGAGAAGCCCUACAAAUGCCCUGAGUGCAGGAAAAGCUUCAGUCGUCUCUCGCACCUUAAUAGACACCAGACAAUCCACACAGGAGAGAGACCCUUUAAAUGCUUGGACUGUGGGAACAGCUUUCGUGACAGCUCAUCCCUCAUCAGACAUCAGAGAAUCCACACACAAGAGAAACCCUAG